GAUAUGAUAACGCAGAGAGAGGAUCAUAGACUGAUUCGGGUAAGGCAGGCUGGAAGAGGGGAGGUACAGGGGCUGAGCUUUCCCCCUCUAGCCCAGUGGUUUCCUCCCCCGCUCCCAUUCUGCUCUCUCAGUCUUUCACAGUCACACAGCGUAGAGACGAACAGACAGAACAACUCAAGCAGGAAGCUGGAGGCUAAUGCUGCCAUUCCUUACACACAGAGGGGAAAGAGAGAGCGGGAAGGAGAGAGGGAGAGGGAGAGAGAGUGCUCGUCUACAGGAAAAGAGGGGCAUGGGAGAAUAGUUUGCUGUACUUUUCCCCGCAACACGUGGAUGGAACUCUCACAGGCUGAUCCUAUGAUGUGGAAUGCUUUGUGACUGUGGACACAUAACAAAACGAUGAUGACUAGAGACAUGAUUGUCUCAACAAUACAGACCCAGUAGAGAGCAGAGUGGAGAGUUGUCAGGAGGAGAUGAAAUUUAACUGAAGACCAACAUUUCUCUGAGGAGCCUAUGUCUCCCGUUGGGCAAAUAGGAUGGAACUCAGACACUCCCAAAUCAUUUGGAAUAAUUGUGAAAGUAGCAGCCUGUCAAACGCAACAACCUAUUGGACUUGACAAAAAGAUAGAAAAAGGGGGGCAAGGGUAGGAAGGAUUGAAGAAUGUUUUGGAAUUUCAGAAGGAUCAGAAAAUGUCAAUGUGUACAGCUGGUGAUGACGUGCUUUGUCCUGUCCGUGUUGAUGGUGUGCUGGGAGCAGCUGGACCACCAUGUGGUGAGCCAUAUGAAGUCCUACUCCUACCGCUACCUGGUCAACAGCUACGACUUCAUCAACAAGAGCUUUGGCAUCAGCCAGAGGGAGGCUAAGAGCCAGAGCAACUUCCCGUACCUCAUCAACCACCAUGACAAGUGUGACAGCAAUGAAGUGCUGUUGCUGCUGUUCGUCAAAUCUUCCCCAGAGAACCUGGAGAGGAGGCAGGCCAUCCGGGCCACCUGGGGGAAUGAGUCCUACACCCAGAGGGAGUUGGGGGCCACCGUGAGGGUGGUGUUUGCCCUGGGGGUCCACCCCAACCCCCAGCAGAGGGGCCGUGUACAGAGGGGGCUGCUGGGGGAGGACCAGGUCUAUGGGGACCUGGUCCAGCAGGACUUUGUCGACACCUUUCACAACCUCACCAUCAAACUGCUGCUGCAGUUCCGCUGGAGCCACAACUACUGCAGCCAAGCACGUUUCCUCAUGUCAGCAGAUGACGACAUCUUUGUCCACAUGCCCAACCUGGUGCACUACCUGCAGGGCCUAAUCCGUCAGGGGGCCCGGGACCUCUGGGUGGGCCACGUGCACAGGGGAGCCCCACCUAACCGCCGGAAGGACAGCAAGUACCACGUGCCUUAUGAGAUGUACCAGUGGCCCUCUUACCCAGACUACACGGCGGGGGCAGGGUACGUUGUCUCAGGGGACGUGGCUUCCAAAAUCUACCAGGCCACUCUGUCCCUCAAUGCCUCGCUGUACAUUGAUGAUGUGUUCAUGGGCAUCUGUGCCAACGCCAUGGGGGUGUCUCCCCAGGAACAUGUUUACUUUUCAGGGGAAGGGAAGGCCCCCUAUCACCCCUGCAUCUACGAUAAGAUGAUCACCUCUCACGGACACGUGGCAGAUGUCCGGUACCUUUGGAAGGCAGCGACGGACCCCCAGAUCCAUGACAUUUCCUCUGGCCUGUUGGGAAAGAUGUACUGCACAGCAGUGAAAGUAAUGCUCCUAUGUAAACCUUACUAUUUAAAUACCUACCCAUGCAAGGCAGCAUUUUCAUAGUGUACUGUAAGGCUGCACAGAAUGUCACUGCAGUCUUUAUUUUUUAUAUAUAUUUCAGUGUCUAUAGCUGGUAUCAUUUUCUAAAUAAAGACCAAAGCCUUGUUCUUGAGCAUAUAUUCACCACUCCUGCCUUGGCUUGAUGGAUACUGCAGUUGUACUUUGUGGUUUAGCUAAUUGUGUGAUGGUAAACAGACUGUUUAUGUUCUUGGCUGCAUUCAGGAACAUUUUGGCUGGCUGCAUGAAGUUGUAAGGGAAGAAUAAUUUGAAUAAAUUACCUCACAGUCUCAAGAGGAAAUUCUGUCCAGCGUUGAUAGCUGACAUUAGGGUUUUUAUUCAGUUUUCUAUUGCUCAUUGAAUUAAACUGGUUGAAAGUG